CGGUCUGAUGGUUCAUAUUGGGUUUCUGGUCGUAAUAUGGAUGAAACCAACGAAAAGGCAAAGAAAAAAUUUCCAAACGUUGAAUUUACUCUGGAACAAGAUCCGGAUACUGAUGAUUUAGCUAAUUUCUAUCCAACAUCGUUGUUAGAAACCGGGUGGGACAUAUUAUUUUUCUGGGUAGCCCGCAUGGUUAUGUUAGGCAUUAAGCUUACCGGGCAAGUCCCGUUUGGUGAAGUUUUUUGUCAUGCUAUGAUUCGUGAUGCACAUGGGCGUAAAAUGAGUAAAUCGUUGGGUAAUGUGAUAGAUCCAGUAGAUGUGAUUGAAGGCAUCUCCUUAGAAAAAUUACAUGCUAAAUUAUAUGAAGGAAACCUUGAUAAACGUGAAAUUGAGAAGGCCACAGCUGGUCAAAAAGCAGAUUAUCCAAAUGGUAUUCCAGAGUGUGGUACAGAUGCUUUACGAUUCGCAUUAUGCGCUUACACUUCGACGGCCAAUGAUUCAAUAUCAUCAGAUGCCGAAUGUAAACGUUCUGCUGAAGAUACGCUAUAUACUUGUUUGGAGGCAGGUCUUAAAUUGCUUCAUCCAUUUAUGCCUUUUGUGACAGAAGAAUUAUAUCAACGAUUGCCUCGAC